AAAUUUAGUGACAUUGUAGCUUUUAACUUUACCGGCCGAAUAUUAUUUAUUCUCACUGGACUGCAGUUUGAUUGAUCAAUGGCGUGUCCUAUGAAUCACACAGUGGAGUUGAACCCAGUCCUCCUCCCUCUAGACUGGCUUCUGGGUACCUGGGAGUCAGAUGAACCCGGGGAGGGCUGUUUUCCUACCAUAAAACCUUUCCACUACUCAGAAACACUGAACUUCAGCCAUGUGGGACAACCAGUCAUCAACUUUAUGUUCAAUGCCUUCCACGCAGAGAGCAAGAAGCCGAUGCACAGGGAGUGUGGCUUCAUUCGAAUGCAGCCGGGAACCAACAGAGUGGCAUUCAUCAUGGCACAGAACUCAGGUCUGGUGGAGAUUGAGGAGGGAGAGCUGACAGGGCAACAGCUGAACCUGCAGAGCCAGGCUGUGGCCAGAAUCUCUUUUGCCAGGGAGCCGCAUGUACAGCAGAUUUCAAGAGUGUUUCAGCUGCGACCAGAUGGGAGGCUGGAGCAGACAGUUUCCAUGGCAACAGACAGCCAGGCACUGAUGCAGCACUUGCACAUCACCUACCGUCGAGCAUCUUGACCCAGCAGGCUAGCAUUCUUCUUGUACAUAAACAUUUUAAACGUCGCUAAAAGAAGCUCGAUCAAUAAUCACAGAUGAGUCAGAUUAUGUAAACACAUGUACAGCUAUGCACUGGUGGGAUCCUAUAAUGGUAAAGGAGUGAUGGUGCCAUAUCAGAGUACCUGUUAAAAUAAUUUAAGCUUAAACUGGGGUUAUAAUGCAUACAGUAAUAAUGGGGCAUUGCCUAAUCUAAAAAAAUAAGGGUCCCUGUGGAGCUUUCAUUAUUCUUCAUAUUCAUAUAAUGCAUUUCCAUUAUGUUGUUACACUUAAUGGCCUCAGUUGCGUAUGGGUGCUUGCGUUAUCUUAAUAUUUAUUGUCCAGAUAUUUAAUCUUAUAGCUACAAGAGCUCAUAAAGCACUGAUUAAAUAAUGUUAAGCACGUUGUCCUCUUAUCUUUAACUUUCAUUGCACUAUUAUAUUAAGAUUAAAAGCUAAAGUAAGGAGUCAAUACUGUUUUUGAGUGUUUGAGUGUAAAAUGAAGUCAGAGUUGUUUUCAUAUUGGGUGUUACUGUGAUUAUGUCCACGUUUGUUUUAUGUCUUUCAGUCGACAGGUUCAGUGGCAUACGGGUAGAUGAUUAAAAUAAAUGAAAGUUAUUUCAUCUA